ACAAAAAGAAAAAUUCAUAUGGACGCCAGAAGUGCUGAAUGUUUUGACCUCUGCUUGAUUAAAAAUUAGAUGACGUUCGCAGCUGCAACACUAUAAUUCCACUCGUUUUGUAUCUUUUUUUUCCCCAAUGAAAUCGGCAUUCAUGCCUUUUUCUGAGAUUUUCUUUUGAUGAGACGGGAGCGCGUUCGAUUGCGCGCGUGACCGUCCGGGGCCGUCCUGUCCCCUUCCCAACAGCAGAUGACGCUCUUGUUCUACUGUGCUGCCAUUUUUUUGCGAAAGGCAUGCUCGUCGUGCUCCCCCGCACUCACCAGCCGCAGCAGCUCAAAGUUUACUGGACACGUUUUUGCUAUUCAUCAAUAUCCCCGUUGAGUAUCAACGCCAAUUUAUGAGUGGCCAACAUGCGCACGUGAUCCCAUACAAAUAGGCCAUAUUUGGGCAGCGCGCAUGGGAUCAAGGAUUUUUUUAAAAAAAGAUACCAAAGGCUAGUCCACCGAUAAAUCUUGGAUUAUUUUUUUAGGAGAGGCCAAUUUUUUUCUUCUUCUUCCAAACUGGGCGAGCAAGAAAAGCAAUGAUCAACACAAAUCAGGGAAUAAGCGCAAGCUUCUCGUUGCUAAAGGUGUAAAGCGGUUCUUCUUUUCUUUUUUUUUUUCUUUUUUUUAAAUGAGCUCUUAUGUUGACAGCUGCUGUGUGAAGCAGGCGGGCGAGACAAGUUGUCCAAUGUUUGGCUUCAGUGUGGCGGGGCGCGGGUCCAGCCUGUGUCACGGAGGAUCCGCCGGCUCGCUCGGACGGGGCGCGAUGCAAAGCAGCGUACGAGGCAGCCCGGGGGAGGCUCCCCUCCCGCCGCCGCCGGCUUGCGCGCAUUCCGGCCCGGUCGCGCAGCGCUCGGGAGGCUUCCCGUGCGGCCGCGGUGCAGACAGAGUGCCAGAUAGGAGCGCCAAGUCCGGCGGCGCCCGGAGCCUGCAAGAAGGCGCCCCCGGUGCGGAGAAGGCGCAAACGGGCUCGCGCAACGCCAGCGCGCAGCGAGGCGACGAGCACGGACCGCAGAUUUAUCCGUGGAUGACCAAACUGCACGUGAGCCACGAAUCGGAGGGCAAGCGCUCGAGGACGAGCUACACCCGCUACCAGACUCUGGAACUGGAGAAGGAGUUCCACUUCAACCGCUAUCUGAGCCGCCGCAGGCGCGUGGAGAUCGCGCACACGCUGUGCCUCAACGAGAGACAGAUCAAGAUCUGGUUCCAAAAUCGGCGCAUGAAAUGGAAGAAGGACUCCAAGACUAAAGUCAAGGAAUAAGGGCAUGGCCGAACACACUUUGCGCAAGCAGCUGUCUGACCUCCGGAUGAACUGCGGGGAGCAAUGACGUCAUGACACCGCAGCGUGACUCUUCCAUCAGCAAUUAUGUGUCGGCCGUUGCAGUUCGGAAUCCAAUGUAUUGACUCUCGCUCACGCUGAUCAAUCGGUUUGCGUUGCUAAAUGAAUUAAUUUGCUGCCUAUACAAGAAGUUGAGGGGCGCUGCGGAGCCAAACGUCCACCGAAUUCCUAAAUGGAAUUUAUUUAGAACUUGGAUGAGGAAACCACGUCAACUUUACCUCCUACGUCAUGUGAUUAAAAAAAACAAAAAACUUUUUUUUUCUAAGUGCUCCAUGUAUUUUGUUAUUUUCUGCGUUCGGCGAUGUGUCAUUGUGAAUAAAUGAACUCGUGUGUAAUCCGACUGUGUGUGAUGAUACUGUGAUGUGAGUGUUUGUGUGUGUGUGUGUGCGUGCGUGCGUGUGUGUGGAGGGGGCUGUCAUCUUUAGACUUCCGGUCCUGACGAAUAAUCGAAUCAGCGAUUCACUGUUGACUGUAACUAUAAUAAAAUGAUUACACGCA